AUGUCUUUUUCUCUUUUGUCAAGCAAACUUUUAACACUAGUUCUCAGCCAGACUUUUCUUUUCUCACUCUCUUGUCAAACUGCUUUGGCUUUCUCUCUUUCAUAUCUCGACUUACAUAUUUUUUUUCCUCUUGUUAUCAAACUUCCCGCCCAACCUUCUUCCUACGCACACUCUCUCUGUCUCUAUACCAAUUUGACAGAGAUCUCUCUCUCUCUCUCAACUCAAUCUUUUCGGGUCUCUCUCUCUCUCUUUCUUUUAUCUACUAGACCAAAUCUUUUUUAUCACUUGCUGCCCCUCCCUCCACCCGUACACAAUUUACGAGUCCCGCCUAAUCCUAUCUCUCUCUUUGUCUCUCCUAGUCCCUCUUCCCCAACUCCGACACUGACUGCCGGGAGCCCGACACUGGUUGAACGUAGAAAUAGAAGUAACGACGCAAGGCGGCACCGCCCGUAG